AUGAGUGUGGACUCGAGCCUCGGCAUGGAUGUCAAUUCUGCAACUAUAAAGCAAAGGAACAAGAACCCGGCUGAUGGUGAUUUCCAUGGUUUCAAGCCUGGCGACACGUUUCGAGUACCAUUCGAGUCAGCUUCCUGCACGAUCAUAGAACCAGAUGAAUACAUUGUGGACAACAGUUAUCCGGAGACGAACCCACUCACCAUCGAAGAUGAAGUUGCGAUGCCUUCCCCUGGGGGAAGUUUUUGCCUGGGAGAAGAGGUGUUGGAUGGCUCUCUGAAUAUUGAUGUUGUAGAGAGAGGAGAGAUUUUGCGUCAUGAUAUAAGGAGUCUAAUUCAUCCUAUAAAUGAAAUAAAGUGUGCUGCCAAAAGUCCAAAAGGAGAAAGAAGACCUCUUUUACGAAGUGACUUGAAAUUAAACAAGUCAGUCAAUCGCAAAUCUGAUGAAAGUUCAGGGUGGAUAUCUCCUGCAGAUUUAGAUACGUCAAAGAGCCAGGAGACGGAAGGUAGCCAGGAAGUCCAGUUGGGAGAGAGUGCCAAUGGGUCGGAAGAGGGUUGUUCCUUCCUUAAAAUUGAAUCCACUAAGAGCCUGUGUAAAACCCCAUUGAAGCCCCCAAUAAAGAAAAAGAAAGCAGAAUUGAAUGUGGAAAAUCCAUCGAACAUUCUUAAUUUCAAAAGAAAGAUAAGAUGUGAUGGCGGUCCUGGAAAUUUUAAGUGUAACGUUUGUAAUAGAUCUUACAAGUAUAAACGAGGACUGAGACAGCAUCAGAAGUUGGAAUGUAAUAAACCUCCCCAGUUCCCUUGUCCCUACUGUCCAAGACGAUUCCGUUACAGACCGUGUAUACGGGACCAUGUACUGAAUCAGCACAUGGAAGCUUUUCCAGUCUGGUAUAAAAAAACACUUCUCCAUUUCUAAGUAAACUGAUCUCACUUAAAAUAGAGUUACACAGUACACGUAUUAGUGACUUCUACUUAUACGUGUUUUGUUGUACAAUAAUCUAUUAACAUAUUGUUUGAAGUCAUCGUAAUUUUAAAAACAUUAAAUUAUUACUGUGUACUGUUUUUGUGAAAUCUGCAAAUAGAACCCUUAUGUAAUGUUUGUUUUAUCGGUUUUGUCCUUUCCUCAAGUAUAAAACUAGCGCAGCACAUAUUUGUGCACCAUUUAGAACCGGCUGUUAAAUGUCAAAGUGUUACUUUUAUUGUAUAAAUUAUUCAUCGAAAUUGAGGUAAAGUUAAGAAGGUCAUCUCUAAGUGUUAUCAAUUUCAACGUAAAUCAGAUUAAUUUUCUUAAGCUUGACAAUUAUUGUGCAAAUAUAUACACAGACUCUCCCGAUAUGUGGUUUUGAUGGAAUUUCAACAGAAACUGUAAAAUUUUGAUAUUUUAUUAAAUAGUUGUAAUCCACACUCACAGGCAUCCUGUACAAGUUGUGUUAACAAAUUCAAAGCAAGGGACAAAGGUACAGGGCUACUGUUUGUGCUCUACAUUUCUAUGAAAUGUACUAGUAUUUCUUGUGUUGUUCUUGAUUGUAGUGAAUUAAAUUACAGAUUAGUGUUUUAACAAAUGGCUAGUAAUAAUCUAUUGUUUUUGUAACUUAAUUGAAUUAUGUGCUUUUGAAGCUUCUUUCUAUUUUGCAAAUAACUUGUUAACAUUUAUCAAUUAAUUUAAGUUUAUCAUCUACAAUAGUUAGUUCUCUUUUUAGAAGUGUUAAGAAAAUCAUUUUAUAAGGAAUAAAUUAGUUAAGUUAAUCAUUGUAUUCAUGGUGGGAUUCCCCAAACCUUCAUAUUUUCUAUUUUAAUUUUGUAAUAUUAUUUGAGAUUGGAUUCUUGCAAUGUUUUUUAAUAUUUCAAUAACUUACUGCUAUCAAAAAUUGAAUUGGGGUUUCCUUCAGAUUUUUUGUAGUAAGUAAAAACGUUAGUUUUACUAUAUUUCUUUUUUUGUGUGUGAGAAAUAUUUGUACUGCUAGUUCCAUUGUUCUAUUAAUCUUUGAAAUAAACUAAUAGAGAAAAAAGAACAAAAUAAAA